CAAUUGUUUCACUCUGCAUUUAGACUCGUUGAAGCUGUUAGCUGCUGCGUCACUUUCUUUGUGUUUCUCUCUCGCUGCACGUUGACGGCACGUGGAGUUGCGACGGUCUUCAGAGGACUUCUGGUUGCACUGUAAAGAUGUCGUCUAACACGGACGUGGCUGCGGAGCGCGUGGCGGUGCUCGCUCGCCAGCUCUGCGCGGGCUCCGCGAGCGCGUUGAGCCUGAGCGUGGACUCCAAGCAGAUGCGUGAAUUUAUGACGCAUGAUAACCGUCAACUCCGCGACGCCAUCUUUGAGUUCCUGAAGGACGACCUGUACAAGCCCAACCUGUACCAGGGCAUGAUGGAGUUCCGCGAGCAGACCCUGCAGCGCCUCAAGAAGUUUGUGGGGCAGCGCUUCUUCAGCGUGCGCGACUACAACAGCGACCCGCGGCGCUUCAUCGCUGCCCUGGAGUGCCUCAUGUACGCCGACUACAGCCUGGCCAUCAAGGCGGGGGUGCACUUCACGCUGUGCGGCGGCACCAUUGCCAAGCUGGGCACAGCCUACCACCACAACAAGUACCUGCCGGGUGUGGACGACCUGAGCCUGCCGGGCUGCUUCGGCAUGACGGAGCUGGGGCACGGCAGCAACGUCAUGGGCAUCGAGACGACCGCGGUGUACGACGCUGCGAGCAAGGAAUUUGUGAUCAACACGCCCAACGACGAGGCCAGCAAGUACUGGAUCGGCGGCAGCGGCCAGCACGGCAAGAUAUGCACCGUGUUUGCGCAGCUGACCGUCAACGGCCAGUGGCAGGGCCCGCACGUGUUUGUGGUGCGCCUGCGCGACGACGGCGGCCGCCUCAUGCCGGGCGUGCGCAUCCAGGACCAGGGCCCCAAGAUGGGCCUCAACGGGGUGGACAACGGCCGCAUCUGGUUCGACAACGUGCGCGUGCCGAGGGAGGACAUGCUGGACGCGUUCGCCAGCGUGUCGGCUGACGGCGUGUACAGCAGCUCCAUCCCCAGCGUGUCGGCCCGCUUCGGCACCGUGGUGGGCGGCUUGACCACCGGCCGCGUGCUGAUUGCCUCGGGCGGCAUCGACGGCGCCAAGCUGGCCCUGACCAUUGCGGUGCGCUACAGCUGCGCGCGCACCCAGUUCGGCGACCGGUACAUUAUGGAGUACGUCACACAGCAGGCCCGCCUGCUGCCGCCGCUGGCCCAGACCUACGCCUACCACUUCGCCCUGGGGCACCUCAAGUCGCUGGUGGCUGCCAAGAAGGCCUCUGACGCCAAGACCAUCCACGUGCUAUCCAGCGGCCUCAAGGCGGCGGCCACCUGGGGCCGCGUGGAGGCCAUGCAGGACUGCCGCGAGUGCUGCGGCGGCAUGGGCUUCCUGGCCGCCAACAAGAUCGGGCCGCUGAUGACGGACAUGAACGUGGACGUGACCUUUGAGGGCGACAACACAGUCAUGAUGCAGCAGGUGGCCCGCGCGCUGCUGGAGGAGCGCGCCGCCGCCCGCGGCACCGCCCCCGCCACGCCGGCGGCCGGCGCUCUGGCUGCGCCCGGCGGCACCGCCUGCGCCCGCACCCUGGCCGGGCUGCUGGCAUACCGGGAGGCGGCCCUGGUGUCGCAGGUGGCUGAGGACAUGGCGGCGGCGGCCUCGCGCGCGGACGGCGCGGCGGCCAAGGCGGCGGCCAGCGCCGCGGCGUUUGACCGCAACCUGGACUUGGUGGUGCAGAUCGGCUGGGCCAGCAUGGAGAAGUUCUGCUACAGCAACUUCCUCAAGGAGGUGGAGCGCGCGCCGCCGGCGCUGCAGCCCCCCCUGGCGGCCCUGGCGCGCCUGUACGCCGUCAGCCGGCUGCAGCGCGCCGCCGCCUUCUAUCUGGCCGCCGGCGCCGCCAACCGCGCCGACGUGGCGGCGCUGCGCGCCGCCGCCGCCGACCUGUACGGCCAGUUGACGGCGGGCGGCCCCCGCUGCGCCGCCGUGGCGCUGUGCGACGGCUUCGGCGUGCCCGACCACCUGCUGCAGGCGCCCAUCGCCUUCGACUGGCGUAAGGUGUAGAGGGCUGGAGGAGAAGGAGGAGGAGGAGGAGGGUAAAGAGGAGGAGGAAGGUGGGGGGAGGAGGAGGAAAUGUGUGGUGUGGAAGGUGUGGGCGUUCGGGGCGGGAGGCGAAAGGAGGGGUGCGUGGGAGGCGGGUGGCGCGCGCCGCGCUGGUGGCGGGUGUGAGCCGGCGCGUGGGCUUGUGGGGCGUCUGGUGAGCGUGUGCUUUCUGUGCGGACUGUGGGGCUCUUGGAGUGCGGACUUGCUUUCAGUAGGUAGUUGUAUGAACUUGGGAGCGGGGCGUUUAGCGCCAGACAAUUCGUUCACCGGAUGCGUGCGGAACGAGGGCUUUGCCUCUAGGUAGACCCUCGCUUCUCUUGUGAAAUUUAUAGCGUCGCCAUUAGGACGCGACAAAUCUUCUUGUGUGGUACGUGUGUGGGAGUGGUGAGUUAGUCCACUUCUUGUCUUCUGUUGUUGGGGGUGAACAUUGCGCCCCCGCGCAAGUAGACGUGACUUGUGUGGUGUCGACUGUCGAGGACAAAUACCAAGCCCACCCAGGGCAGGCUUGGCCAGUAGCCGCCUUGCCUAAUCAAAACCCUCUCCGUGUGUCGUGCAUCUAGAAUGCUCUGCCUCGGUGCUUUCUUGGCAAUGUGCAUACCGUAUGCUUCCAUUGCGUUUGGCUGUUCACAUGGGUGAUCGCAAGCGUUGCCAAAGCCCUGUGGGUUCGCUGUGAACUUGCACGUGCGUUAGUGUUUGGUAAACAAAAGUGUGAGGUACAAUGCGUGCCGUUUGGUCGACGGUGCGUGCCGUUUGGUCGUCGAGUGCGGUACGAUGCGUGCCGUUUGGUGUGGUGCGGCAACAGGAGGGAGUGGAGCUGGUGGGGUAUGGAUGAGUAGAGUAGGGUGUCAACCGCAUGGCGUCUGGGCACGUGGAUCAGAAGGAGUUGACCAGGCCAGAUUCACCAGGCCUUGACCAGACAGCCCUGUAAUCGACCUAGUCCCUU